AUGCUUGCUAAUUUCUCUCAUGUUGUGAAUGCACCGGAACAUAAUAAACCUAGUGUGAAUGCACCUGAACACAAUGAAACUAGUAUAAAUGCACCUGAACACAAUGAACCUAGUGUAAUUGCACCUGAACACAAUAAACCUAGUGUGAAUGCACCUGAACACAAUGAACCUAGUGUGAAUGCACCUGGACACAAUAAACUUAUAGUGAAUGCACCUGAACACAAUGAACCUAGUGUGUACGCACCUGAACACAAUGAACCUAGUGUGAAUGCACCUGAACACAAUGAAACUAGCAUAACUGCACCUGAACACAAUAAACAUAUUGUGAAUGCACCUGAACACAAUGAACCUAGUGAGAAUUCACCUGAACACAAUGAACCCAGUGUGAAUGCACCUGAACAAAACGAACCUAGUGUGAAUGCACCUGGACACAAUAAACUUAUAGUGAAUGCACCUGAACACAAUGAACCUAGUGUGUACGCACCUGAACACAAUGAACCUAGUGUGAAUGCACCUGAACACAAUGAAACUAGCAUAACUGCACCUGAACACAAUAAACAUAUUGUGAAUGCACCUGAACACAAUGAACCUAGUGAAAAUUCACCUGAACACAAUGAACCCAGUGUGAAUGCACCUGAACAAAACGAACCUAGUGUGAAUGCACCUGACCACAAUGAACCUAUUGUCAAUGCACCUGAACAUAAUAAACCUAGUGUGAAUGCACCUAAACACAAUAAACCUAGUGUGAAUGCACCUGAACACAAUGAACCUAGUGUGAAUGCACCGGAACACAAUAAACCUAGUGUGAAUGCACCUGAAAACAAUUAA